AUAAAAAAUGAAGUAAUGCGCCAGUAGUUUACACAUACAAUUUUUAGACUCUUAUAAUUCGAUGGAAUUUAAAAAAUGGCAUUUCUUUAAAAUGACAUUUUAAAAAUAACGUUACAUUUUUUAAUAAAGUGUGACUCGAUAAGAAAGAGACAAAUGGAGGUUUGCGUUAUUUGUCAUAUCAUUAACGUGUUCGUUGCAAUAAAAACCCGUCAACAUGCUAUAACAACGAUACAUUUGGAGAACAUUAAAAUACACCUUACAUAACUGAUUCUGGUCAGACCUUCCUGAAAAGCGUCAUCAUGAAAACAUAUUUAAAACUUUACUUACAAACAGGACACGUUUAUUACACAUGUAAUAGAUAGUUUUAUUUUAUCCAUCUCUAUUAAAAAAAUACAUCUAAUGUUUCACUUCUGAGUACGUCCAUCCAAGUUAGCAAAAAAUAGGGCAGAAACUAUGAUUCGGAACGAAGUCAUUACUCAAUAAUUUCUUGCUUAUCUUUACAAUUAUUACAAAACGUAAGCUUAGCAAAGCUAUUUUUAAACCCACUGAAGUACGCCUUCUAGAUGCCGCUUUGUUCAAUCACAUUGUUUGUGAUUCCAGAACCUGUUUGGACUAAUCGAUGACUAUAACUAUAGAAAACGCAUAUUCAUCCUGCCAAAUUUAAACAAUGUAAGGCAAAAAAGCAAGUAAUAUAUAAAUAUAUAUAUAUAUGUUCGACAAAAAAAAAGAUGAUUCUUUGUGCCGCCUGCGCAAUAACUAAAAAUAUCAACAAGCUUCCAUGGCGGUGGCGAGGGUAAUCCUUUCUGGAGAGAGCGUAGUAGAACACGCACACGCCGAACAAACAUGCUUUAUUUAGCUUUUGUUUUCGAAGGCAUUAUUGUACACAGAGGAUAAUAAAUCAGUUCCUUAAAGCAAUAAAGGACCCGUCGCGGAACUGCGGCUCGUGUUUCUCGCAUAGCCCUCUCUUUUUUAUGUGUUCACCGAUGCUCCGUUCUGAGUGUUUACCUCACAUACGUUCCAUUCGAGUAAAUCGAACACGUUGUUGGAUACAACAGAAACAUCUUGAGAGGUCGAUCUAGUAUAGUAUAAGUUUGCUAGCAAUUGGGCGAGUUAGAACGCCGAAGUUUUCCAUUCGCGCAUUCUAGUUCAUACAAAGGAACGUCCUGAGGAAAAUGAUUACAACAUUAGGCAGAUUGUUGCAGGGUGCGCGGCGACCAAACGUCGUAGGUCGUUUAGCACGCACGAGUACUUCAUAUUCAGUAGCGCCGUCGUCAGUUUUGGGGUGUACAUCUAGCAAUCAAAUGAAUUACAAAUCACUGAAGCGGUUUCCCUCUGUACCUGCCGAAUCAGAACGAAGCACGAGGCUAGGAGAGAGUGAUCUUCUUGUCCGCGAAAUCAGAAUCGCCUCUACUCCAUGCGAUCUCUUCAAGGUUAUUAAACUAUAUCAUCCGAUCAUGAAUAACAGACAUCUGUCAAAAUGUUUUAACAAUUUGCAUACUAUGGUGAAGGAGGGAAAAGCUGACCUACAAACCAUUACCGACGCAUCAGAGUUCAAGAUUCUGUCUGCUCGGGUCCUUAAACGAUUACAAUUUUACGAUGUGGGACAGUUGUUACAACUUCUCAGCAUAUUUAACACUUUCAAAGUCGCACCGAACUCGUCGUUGGUACAGGGCAUUUGUGAAAGUAUUCGAACAUCAUUAAAGUGUUUCAAGGUUAAUCAACUGAUUUUCCUUGACACCCAGCUCGCUCAAUUUAAAAAACGUGGAGAGCUAACAACGACAAUGGAAAUUCUUAAAUCGACACUACCUAUUAUUUUCCAAGAAAAAUGUACCUCCGAAUUCGACAUAACUAACCUAGAGAAAACCUUCAAUGCUCUAAGAUUCGCUGUUCGCACCGGCUGCAGCGAUCAAACGUUAGAGUUUUUUUCCUCGUCGCUUACAUCAUACUGCCGAAGUAUCAGCGCUUGCAAAGCUGCGAACCUGCUAAUCGAUAUACCAAGUACCAACAACGAAUUUCAAGAUAAUACCAGUGAUAAGUUCGGCUCGUCUUCAUUCAGGGAAAUCAUUCACUCAUGUAUGGAUGCAAUAACAAAAGACCCUCGCAGUAUUCGUAAAGUUGCGGUCCAGCUACUCGUCGGAAAGCUACCCAUUCUGGGCUUUUCGGAACGUCUUUAUGACGCCCUUUGGGCCUUGGCGGCUGAGGAAAAAUGGAGUCUUUCGCAAGUCACUUCGCUAGCUUAUGUCUCCCAACGAGCAAAAUAUUUUACAGUCGACAGUGGCAAGUUGAUUCGGAACAAACUCAAUGAAGAAAAUGAGACUCCAACAAGAUCGGUACUCCUGUCGCGUUUCAUAGCUUACCUUUCGUGUCAUAAUCGUCUUCUAAGACUACACCCGCCGGACGCCGAAGAUGAGGACGCUCUCACUAAAAAGGCUGCCUGCAUUAUCGCUGCGAGUAUCGAACCCAAGUGGUUGAUCUCUUCACCGUCACACUUCAGCAAAUUCGUAAGAGACCUGGCUAUUACUGGUGUCUUCCCGAAGAAUCAUUUGGAAAUGUUGUUUAGUCCGACUUUUCAGGAGAGCACUUUGACGGCAAGCAAAAAAGCGAACCCGAGAAUCCUGAAAUGUUUACUCGAUGCGGAACAGUUAGUUCGUCUAAACCUGCCGGAGGGUUCGACAGCCUUUCGGCUUAUCCCGGAGCUGCGGUCAGAGGCACUGCAUUGUUUGGACCAUUUUGCCCUCGAUUGUACACCGGUUAAGGCGCAUUUGGCUAACGCGUUGGGAGGAAGCCAGUUUUUAGCGGAAAGGGUCGUCACGCCUUUCGAUACAAGAAUUGACUUGAUGGUCGCUAUGCGACGCGGCGACUACCCUAUCGCGAUAUCUGACAAUAAUAGUACUAAUGAUGAUAUAUUUCAGAGUCUUCCCGCAGAGAGCAAAGUUGUAGCUAUCAUGCUGACAACCAAAGCUCAACUUCUCCGUGGUUCGGGAUUACCGAUGAUGGAUGAAUUGGUUCAAGUUGAACUUCUUCGAGCACAAAGGAUGUGUCCGGUAGUCAUCAACCUGGACGAGUGGAUAGCUCUGAUGGAGCACGAAAAAAUACCGUACAUUAUGCAAAACAUCAAGAAAGCUCUAGAAGUCGGACAAGCAUACGAAGGCUGCAUAAUGUAAAUUUUAAUGCUGAAUCCAUUGAAGAGACUAGCCGGACGUACCCAAAUAUAAAUCUUUGCCUUUAGUGCGUUUUUACGGGAUGUGGCGUCCGACAUGUAGAGACGAAUGCAAGCCAGAAUAGCUGCGAACACAAUAAAGCAUUGUAUGAUGACAGUAACAUGUGAUCGGCACUGUACGUAUUGGCGAGCUAGGUUACAUAUGUGUUAUUUCUAUAGGGUUACAAGGUUUACCCCUACCACUUAUGCAUAGUUGUUUGCAUUUCAUAUUUUUCGUUACUUCUUCAUCGGUACUUUUUAAUAUAUCGUGCCGUAUGCAAAUACAAAGUACGACCUUCAUGAUGAUGGUCCUAGAAAGCUUAUUAUUUUUGUACAUUGCACCCGAAGGGCAUUCAGGAAUAGGCAGUUUAAAUGUGCACCUUGUUUAAGCGUUAGGCAUAUUCCUGUACAAAUAGGUUGUUUGUUUCAUAGUUACAGUCAGCCUUCUCCGAUCACAGAAAUAAAAAACUUGUAGCUUGUUGCUCAUGUUGGUCAGUCAAUAUAAAGCAAAACUACACCCUGGACAUGGGCAAACAGUGAUUUCAGCAACAUCAUAUCAGUCCGCAAAUAGACUAACCUAGCUUUAGCAAAAUUCAGGUUUUCAUCUAUUUUAAUGGUAGAAAUA